GCAACGAGCAAGCGGCACCGCGGAGGCAGCUGGGAAAUGAAGUCAACAGUCUGAGGCAGGCGCCGAAUCAAUGGAGGCGCAGGCAACACCCGCGGGGCGGGACUUCUGGCAUUGCUUGCUAGCUCAGUCGGCCGCCGGUGGGUGUCUGCUGGCUCUUGGGACGCGCUGUGCGGGCGGGGCGACUCCCUCGAGCCCCGCCAGUGGAGGAGAAGGGCGGGAACCCUGGCAGCGCCUUUGCACGAGCCGUGGCCCCUGGGAUGACUCCCUCUUCAUGAUUCUCGCGUGUCCUGUGCCCCCGGAGGCGGCUCCCCAGUCCUCGGUACGUUUUACCCGGCGGAGACCGAACUUCGAAGUUUCCACACCUGCCGGAGGUUGUUCCGCCCGGGGCGGGGGUCGGGUCCAGAUUUCAGCUGAGUCCGCCCAGAGUCGAUGCUCGUCCUGGUCAGCGCCGGUGGCGGCCACGCUCGGCCAGCAGGAUCCGAUGGCCGAGGAGGCGCAGGGCCUGGUGACCUUUGAGGAUGUGGCUGUGUAUUUCUCCCAGGAGGAGUGGUGUCUCCUUAAUUUGACUCAGAGGAGCUUGUACCAGGAUAUGAUGCUGGAGAACUUUGCGCUCAGUGUCUCUCUAGGAUUUGCACCUUUGAAAUCACAUGUGGUUGCCCAACUAGAGGAUGAAGAAGAACCCUGGGUGCCCAAUAUAAUGGACAUGACUCUGGUGAGCAGAGCAGAAACCAAGAGGGGUCCCGGCAUUGGUCUUCUGGAUUCUACUCACCUUCCUGGGUUUGUUUACCUCAUGGCAGUCACCCUGGGACUGAAAAAGAAGAUACUGUCGUCGGGGGGCAUGGCCAUGCUUCCUGGUAUCUGCACACCAUGGCAUUCCGUUUUUGCUGCCACUGUCCCCGGGCUCAAGGGAGAGAAGUGGCUGAAUCAACAUAUAGAUUGGAAUUUGGUUUGUGGAGCCUUUUGACUUAAAAAAAUGAUGGAAACUUUUUUCUAAAAAGUAAAUGUCAGUUCAACAAAAUUUGUAUGUUGGCUGUAGCUGUGUCCCUGGUCCUGAUACUGCUUCCUGUCAAGAGAAUGUCAGUGGAAGGCGGGUUUGGAGAGCCGGCCACCCUAGACUUGAGGGGCUCUGGGCUACAGUGCUCGGCCAGUGCCAUGUGUUGGGCCUGGAAACCACUGCUGCUUCCUCUAACUGGGGUGGUUCCUCACUCACCCUUCUGAAAGUGGGCAGGGUGCUGACCACACAGGGUGGAACCACAGGCACACUUGCAGUUGGGUCUUUAGCCAGUCUGCUGUUUCCCUCCAGCACCAUGAAGUUUAAUGCCUACCUCCAGGCUUGCUCGGGCCCUCCUCCCUGGGAGGGAUAGCCUCCUCCAACAUGGGGCUCUGUGUGGGGGCAGACUUAGAGUCAGGGCUCAGAUCUCCAAGCAAAUGGGGAUCUGUAAUUAUUGGGCAUUACAGAUCACCCCUCCAUGCCCUGUGUUGGGUGACCUUGGCUACAUCUGAGGAUGGCCUAGCAUGUGGGUGAGGGGUCCUCUACACUUGCCCUGAACCAGUCUUCUGGUCUCCUGCUGGGGAUCAUCUGUACACAGGUGACCUGUUGGGAGAGCGGACAGAGGGUAGUUUCCCUGGUGAUGCUGUGACAUCUAGAACAAAUCCUGGUGGCUCUGACCCUUUGACCUGCUCAGGGUACUAGUUUGGGCUGGAAUCAUUCAUUCUAUCACUUUAGCCCUAACCUCACAUGUUAAGCCAGCACCAGCAGCCAGCCCAUGGUUAUAGGCACUGUCCUGGCUGCCCCAAGACUGUCCUCUCUCCAGCCAGUGGUGGCUCUCCUCUGGAAUCCACCCAGCAGUUCCUGGCUCCUGGACAAUGUUUUGUGCCCUCAGACUGUCAGGGACACCCUCUCAUCCUUUCUGCCUCUUCCAGUAACACCCCUUCAACCACUAAACUAAGCUGAGAUGUCCCUUCAUGAGUCCUCUCACUCAUUGUCCUAUUUAGAGUUAUUUCUCCCCCUCUCUCGUCCAUGCCUUAACGUCAGGCCAAACAACAACCCUCUGCUACCAGUUUGUCCUCAUGGACAUGAAAUAAAGAGAUACAUUUGUGUUUGUUGAAGACUUAGCAACAUAAACCAACCAAGGCCCAACCAAGGCUUCAGUAAUAGUGGGGACUAUUGAUAGCGUGUUUCUUGCCUUUUAAAGUUCAUCUACAGAGGCAAAGUGCUUAUUUUUUCACUGUGGUGUGUGACAUGGUUGGACCUCAUGUCAGCAGGGCAGUGUCAAUUUAUUUUCUCACAGUAAACAAAACAAUUUAGUGACAAUUAUAAACAAACGUGCAUGUCUCCAUAGUAAUUAAGCAGGAGAGCAGGACUGAAAGUCUGAACAUACCCUGUUUGAUACCUGGUCUCAUAAGACUGCGAACUGGUUCAUGAGGCCAACACCAGUUUGCUUUAUAGAUGCCCGUGAGAGGGACUUGCCUCAUCUCUUAGCGAGUGUCUGUCUGUUCCAACUGCUGUAACAAAAUAACACAGACUGGGUGACUUAAAAAACCAAGAUUUCUCACAGUUGGAGGCUGGAAGUUCAGGAUCCAGGUGCUGGCCAAUUUCAAUCCAAGUUCCUUGAUAUGAGCUCUCUUCCUAGCUUGUAGAUGGCGGUCUUUUUGUUGUCCUAACAUGGUGGGGAGGAAGGAUGCUCUGGAAUUUCUUAGUUUCUUAUAAGGACACUAAUCCCAUCAUGGGCCCCACCCUCAUGACCUCAUCUGAACCUCAUAUUACUGUCACAUAUGAGACUGGGGCUUUGACACAUGAAUUUGGGGGCAUGCAAACAUCCAGUCUAUAACAUCAUGUAAGGAAGCAAACUAAUUUUUGUGACUCUGGUAUAUGAAGAACAGUCUUCACAGUGACAGGACACAAUGUCAGUUUUAUAAAAUGAAACAAAUCGGUCACAGUUGUGAAUAUUAACACUAGAAUAACAACACUGGAACUAUUGGAAACAUUUUCAAUUUAAUACCAUCCAUCCAUGAGGAAUGUGCAGCUUCCCAAGAAGUCCAAACUGGACAUCCUUCAAGGGCCCUCAACCAGUAUGGGUUCAGUUCAUUCCCUAACCCUCACAGAGGCAAUGGGAAUGAAGCCAUUCCAAUGGGCCCAGGACAAUCCUGAUUCCUUCCAGGAAAUGGGAAAGAAGGCACAGGGAGCCUUCUUCAUGCAUAUGCAGAUGACUGCUGCAAAUAUUUGGAUCCAGGCAGGCUGGAAAGACAAUUAUGCUCUGGUGGGGAGACAGCUCUGCCCAGGUUCCUGGGCUGCUCAGAAAAGGCAGAGUAGCUUCUGAAGGCUUUUUCACAUUAGUGGUACAUGCAGGGAAUUUCUCUGUGGGAUUAUGCUGCAUGAAGUCUGACUUGGCUGAAGAUUUUCUCACAAAGGCCAUUUCCAUAAGGCUCCACUCAGGUAUGAAUCCUUUUAUGCUGAGCAAGGUUGUAGAGGCAGCUGAAGAUUUUCCCAGUGGCCACACUCAUAAGUCCUUUCUCUGAUG